CCAAGAAAGGCACGUGAAACUAUGACUAUACCGAGAAUGGAACUCAUGGGAGUGUUGUUGGGUGUGCGAGCAACGGCUUUUGUUAGUGCGCAAAUACAUCGUCCAAUCACUGCAACUCAUUUAUGGUGCGACUCACAAAUAGUCUUGGCAUGGAUACGAAGUAAAGAAACUCAACCAGUCUUCGUGGAAAAUCGCCUGCGGGAAAUUAGAAAACAAGAGAACAUGACCUUCCAUUAUGUGAACACUAGUUACAACCCUGCUGACGUGGCGACACGCGGAACCACCGCAGCUCAACUGAUGGAAAGCCAACUCUGGUGGAACGGACCGACCUGGAUUAACGCCCCCUCCGACCAAUGGCCUAGCGAAAUGGGAUUCAACUUACCUGUAGAGAGUGAAAUGGCACGAAAUGAGAAUUUGGACGAACAAUUUGUUGGUGUCGUUAACGAAUUACAGGCUGAAUCUAUCUUUGAGGCGAAACGAUUUAGUUCGUGGCUUACCUUGCUGGGAACAGUCAUUUUGGUGCUACGUUUCAUCAAGCUACGUUGUGUACAGUUUCCAACCUGUAUUUCUACAAAUGGUAUUUUUACUGCCAAAGAUUACCGAAUUGCUCGUUCCUUGCUCAUCCGAUUAGCACAACGUGAACAUAAACUGGAAAUGAAAAGCAUACAUACUAUGAUUGACUCGGAAGGAAUAAUACGAAUAAAAACGAGGAUUGACAAGAACGCUGAAGCUUGUGCGCCUUCUAAUCCCAUUUGGUUACCACGCCAUGCUGGGAUUACUUCUCUGAUUAUUCGGGACGUGCAUCAACGACUCAAACAUGCUGGAGUUGACUGGACUCUCACCGAACUAUUACGAGAAUUUUUCUUGCCUCAGGCGCGAAGGACCACCAAACACGUACUUUCUCAGUGUACUCGAUGUCGACUAAUGAAUAAACCAAAAUAUGCCCUACCUACUAUGCCACCACUUCCUGCUGAUAGAGUCCAACGAAGACGACCGUUCGAUUCUGUUGGUCUCGACUAUCUUGGCCCUACACUCGCCCGACAAGCCGGAGUGGUUGUCAAAGUUUGGAUUGUCAUUAUCACAUGUUUGUCCGUUAGAGCAGUCUAUUUGGAACCGACUUACGACUUGAGUGCACCAUCGUUUAUCAAUGUGCUGAGGCGCUUCAUCAGCAGACGAGGAAAGCCUAGAAGAAUUCUUUCCGAUAAUGCGCCGACAUUUGUGCAAACAGGAAAAGCCCUCAAGACACUAGCGAUGACAGAAGACCCAGCAGAAUUCUCGGCACGUUCUGGAAUUGAUUGGCACUUCAUACCGCAACUUAGCCCUUGGGCAGGUGGAAUUUACGAGCGCUUAGUGGCUUUGGUCAAACAUUCAAUUCAACGGACACUUGGACGAAGAAUUUUACCGUGUGACGACUUGAGCGCCUUUCUGACCGAAGCUGAAGCUAGUAUAAACUCCAGACCAAUCACAACUGUCUCUGAUGCUGAAGGAGCUCCAAUACCGUUGCGGCCUAUGGAUUUUUUGUUACCUGGAGCGGACAUGCACUUGGCCACUACCCAAAUGGAGGACGACGAGGAUAAACGUUUACCUUCCCAUGAAAGGUUGGCAAACCUUUGGCGUGUCACUCAGGAAGCUGUUGAAUAUUACUGGACUCGUUGGACCAAGGAAUACUUGCUUGUGUUGCGUGAGAGAGCAGGAUGGACACACCAUGGACCUCGAUGUCAAGACAAAUCUAUACCCAUGGUUGGUGAUGUAGUGCUGAUAGAAGAAGACCUGCGUCCUCGCAAUUUGUGGUGCCUGGGAAAAAUUACCGAAUUAAAUGGUCGAGAGCCCAAUAUUAGAAGCGCCAAGGUGUUGAUGGCAAAUGGCAAAAUACUAACCCGACCGAUCAAUCGUUUAUGUCCACUAGAGGCGAGUAAAAAUGUUGAAAUUGCAAUAACACCCACGCCUGACACCAUGAAGGAACCAUCAACUCAACGAACUAAAGAACUCAAAGAAAAACAUUCUAACUUACCAAAGCCACCUUGUCACAAAAUGAUCACAAGAGCACGAGCAAGAAUGGGAACUUUGGCUUUAACUUGUCUUACUGCAUUCGUCUACCCUCUGGUAGAGGCAAAUAUCACCAGCCACGUCGUGUGUACAACUAAGGGAGUUAUCGUCACCAGCCCGCCUAACAUUCAAAAAACUGAAAUUUGUUGUAUGGGUUCCUGUUGGGUGCGAGCUGCUACGAAUAGAUUUGUUUUCGAGUUACCUAUGGAAAUACUGGUUAAUGAUUAUACUUGCACGGGACACUUCUGGUACAACUCAGAGAACUCAACAGAGAUUGAACAACGUUGCCCCGCAGUUGAUGAAUGUUUACUGAUUGAAUGUACCUUCUGUUGGGACUUAAUCACAAACCCCACGUGUCGUCCGCAAACAGCCAUGAUAAUUAUUGGACUCUCAAUCGCACUUGUGUUGAGUUUACUUGGAUUUAUAUGGACACUAUUCCGACGAAUGACCAAAGGAGCCAAACUUGUUUGUCAAUUAUUGGCGUGGAUUACCGCAGGCCCUGCACUUGUUUUUAAUUGGUUCAAUAAUCGAAGACACCCAGGCACGAGUAGAAGUCAAUCAACAGCUAAUUUACGAACAGGAAUUAGAACAGUUAAAAGGAAAGUGACUUCAGUUCAAACUGGCUUUCGACGUUUCCGGGAUCAGAGGAUGCGAAGAUUUGAUUGGCUGUUAGCCAUCGUUGCCCUUAUAUUGCUUCUAACUAACAAGUGUGAUGGAUCUGAGACGGUCUCUAUUGUUACAAAAUCAGAAAGUUGUUUGCGAUCGGCUCAUGGCCUAGUUUGUACGAUUCGUUCUGCUACGACACUCACACUCUUGCCGGCCGGGCAAACGCGUACUUAG